UCGGAUCAAUCGCCCCCGACCUGCCUGCUGCCGGGCUCGGGGCCCCAUGCCGCCAGGCUGGAUCGCACCAGGAGGAAGAUCGACGAGUCCAGGGAGAAGCUCCGCCGGGAACUCCGCGAGUCCAAGGCCAGAAUGUUCAGCAAGUUCACCAACAUCCUGCAGCAGGCGGUGGAGGCGCUGGCUCCCUCCCUGCCACUGCAGGAAGACUUCGUAUAUCACUGGAAGGCUAUUACUCAUUACUACAUUGAAACAUCAGAUGACAAAGCUCCAGUAACGGACACAAACAUCCCGUCACAUCUGGACCAGAUGCUGGAUAUUUUGGUGCAAGAAGAAAGUGAGAGAGAGUCUGGAGAAACGGGGCCUUGCAUGGAGUACUUGCUGCAUCACAAGAUUCUGGAGACUUUAUACACCUUGGGAAAAGCUGAUUGCCCGCCUGGUAUGAAGCAGCAAGUCCUGGUUUUCUACACAAAGUUACUGGGAAGGAUUCGACAGCCUUUGCUCCCGCACAUUAAUGUUUACAGACCCGUCCAGAAAUUAAUUCGACUUUGUGGUGAAGUUCUUGCUGCCCCCACUGAAAACGAAGAAAUUCAGUUUCUCUGUAUAGUGUGUGCAAAAUUGAAACAGGAUCCCUAUUUGGUCAACUUUUUUCUAGAGAAUAAAUCUGCAAGAGAUACGGGAUUUGCUCGUGCCGGCCAGACCAAAACAAAUGUUUUAAGGAAAACCCUUGAUUCUAAAGACCAAUCUUCAGAGACCCAGAAGGCUGAAGCUCCUGACAGUGAUGCCAGUGCUGGACUGUGUAACGCUACCGGCAGAGCUGUAAUAGGCCAAUUGGACAGCUGUACUGAAUCAUCCCCGCAAAACGCUCACCUGCAGCAUUCUCUUAAUAAAAUGGCCUUCCCACAGCCGCGAGCUAUUGAUCGCUGUCAAACACAGGACUACAACUUGGUGAACUCGUUGUUAAAUCUCAGUAAAAGUCCGGAUGGUCGAAUUGUUGUUAAAGCAUCAGAAGGUCUAAUGUUACUUGUUAGUUUGCCAGAGCCGGCUGCUGCCAAGUGCCUGGCUGAGAAUACGUCCUUGUGCCAAUUACUUACAGAUCGGCUGUGCACCCUCUACAGAGCACUGCCACAGUCAAUAGACCCCAUGGAUAUCGAGUCUUUGGAAUCUGUCAACUGGGGUUUAGAUUCUUACAGCCAUAAAGAAGAUGCAGCAUUCUCGGGAAAGCGACCUCUCAUAUCUUUCCUGUCUUGGCUUGAUUACUGUGACCAGCUGAUUAAAGAAGCGCACAAGCUGACUGCAGCUGCCAUGGCGAGAGCCAUUCGGGAGGAGUUCUUUGUACCUGUCAUGGAACCACAACUGUUGCAGACAUCAGAGAUUGGUAUUCUGACAUCGAUAUCGCUUCUAAAUCGCAUCAUCCGACAGAUCACAUCCCACGCCAUGCUACAAGAGUUGGUCUUCUUCCUGUUAGGAGAGCAGAGACAGCCUGAAACGCCCGGAGAUAGCAAGCACCAGCUGCGAUAUCGGCUGAUAGAACAUUGUGACCAUCUCUCAGACGAGAUCAGUAUAAUGACGCUGAGGAUGUUUGAGCACCUAUUGCUGAAACCAAAUGAGCACAUCAUUUACAGCAUGGUCUUAAGGAAUUUGGAAGAGCGGAACUACAUUGAGAAUAAACCUCCCUGCCAGGAAGACAAGGAUAUAGUAGAAAAUGGACAGAUCGCAGGAGCAGUAGACCUGGAGGAAGAUCCUCUUUUUACAGACCUGUCGCCCGAUAACAGAUUGCUCGGGUCUGACUGGUUGACUACUUCCCCACCUCCUACCCCAGACCACACAAAACCUGACGGGAAGACAGAAGUUCAUAAAAUUGUAAAUAGUUUCCUAUGCCUUGUCCCUGAUGAAGCAAAAUCCUCUUACCAUGUAGAAGGUACAGGCUAUGAUACCUACCUCAGAGAUGCACAUAGACAGUUUCGGGAAUGUUGUGGAAACUGCAUGAGGUGGGAUUGGCCAGGGAUGCCAAAACCUUUGGAGAAGUGCAAUUUGGAAGCCACUUUCUUUGAGGGACAUUUUCUCAAAGUUCUGUUUGAUCGAAUGGGCAGGAUCCUUGAUCAGCCUUAUGAUGUAAAUUUGCAAGUGACGUCUGUCUUGUCAAAACUGUCAUUAUUCCCCCAUCCACACAUACAUGAGUACUUACUGGAUCCCUACAUAAACCUGGCUCCUGGGUGCAGGUCUUUGUUCUCUGUUAUCGUGAGGGUGGUUGGAGACUUAAUGCUGAGAAUACAGCGAAUCCCAGAUUUCACACCAAAGCUUUUGUUAGUCCGAAAACGUCUGCUGGGAUUUGAGUCAGAUGGACCUAUCAUUGACCAUAUGACUUUGUUGGAAGGAGUGAUUGUACUGGAAGAGUUCUGUAAGGAGUUAGCAGCUAUAGCCUUUGUUAAAUUUCACGCGUCAGCAACCCCCUAGGCUUGGGCCGGUCUCUGUUCAGAGGCUCCCCUUUGUUGUUUGUUUUAUCGGCCAGCUGCGAUGGAGAAUAUUUUAAACAACGUGCUCUGCUGUAACUGCUGCCUGUGGCAUGCUGCCCACAACCGGUGUCCUCGAUGUCGCCAUGUGGCGGGAAAAAAAGGGAAAUGGCGCUCAAAAAUGAGCGACUGGUGCAGUUGCCUGCGAAGAUGAGGGAAUGUUUGGAAAGGGAGACUUAAUACUAUCAUUGACAUUAAUAUUGCAAAAAUAUUGUCUUUCAACAUUAUAACUUGUCAAUAAUGCUUAGGUUAUGUUUUACAGAGAGAACGAGUAAUUUACACCUGGUUCCUUUUAAAAUCAUGACAGUCGCCACCCCCCCUCCAUCCCUCCCUCCCCUGCUUUUAUUGAAAAGAAAUUCUCAAAUACGUGAGAGUAAGCUGGGGAAAGGUCAAUAAUGGUAACGCUGAUAAUUGUUCUAUCAAAUGCAAGAAUUAUUUAAAAAACCGGGAUGCUGAUCUGAAGCUAUUACAUGUUUUUUGUUUGUUUCGUGCCUUUGAAAAGGGCGGCAUAAAGUGUUAUGCUAAAAUGUUCUGUCGCUUUUUUUUCUUUCUCCGUAACAGUCUGGAGAUCACAGCCAUCUGAUCAGGAGAUCAUAGCUUUAGGGAUUCUUUAGACCCUUCGCACAUGUUUCCAAGCACUAUCCUCUUUACCUGGAUGCAAGUCUAACCCUAAGUAUUGUAUACUUGCACAUUCAUAGCGUAAUGUUUGGUUUGUGGGUCCACUUCACUUUAGUUUUCUGCUAUAAACUAGUACUCAAUGUUUAGCAAAGCUGUAACAGUCCUAAAUGUAUACAGUAAUAUUGUCAUCACUGACAUGUGUAUAAUAAAACAAGAAAUGUUAAACUAUAAAUCGCCCAUCUCUGCAAAACCUGGAAACAGCUCCCACUCGAUGUUUGUUAAAAGUUGUAAAAUAUGCCUUUUCCCUUCAAUAUACAGUAUUAUGCACCUUAAAUGAAAUAGGGUGAUUUUAAAUUAAUAUAAUAGUUGAGACAGUACAUUUUCAAAUGCUUAUUGCCAGGAGGUUGUUACCAAGCAUUGUAUUUAUAGCUUUAGUAAACUAUUACUAACAAAACCGUUUAUUUAAUUGUUGCAACAGCCGGAUUCCCUAGUGGCUUGGCACGUUUAACCCAGCAACUAACUGGGCAAACGUGGCAUACAGAUCAGGAAGCUUCCAGGUUCGAUUCCCCAAUCUGUGAGUCAGUUGAUUGAGUCAGACGUAGUUGCACAAGGAGCUCAGUGUCCUGGGUUCGGAUUGGAAAGGUAACUGGGGGUUUGUGAGUUCCUGAUCGCUACUCAGCAGCCCUGCUAGAAAUGCACGUGUGUGGAGCAAAAUGCGGUCAUGUGUAGAGGACCUAUAUUUUAAAUGUUCUUCCGACAGUAUCAAGACUCACAUAUAACUAAUUGUCCCUUUGGGUGAGGCCCCCUCGAAACUGUAUCCUAGUAAGUGGGGGGAGGAAUCAAAAUGCCUUCAAGAGAGUAGAUAAAAUUGACAAAGAGGAGAAAUCAUACUUUAAAGAAAAAGCUUCUUACGUUAUAGAAAUAUUAUUAUGGAACAACAUAUUUGGGAAUAUUUGAGCUUCAUUGAAACAUAUUGUACUGGUUUAUGGUGGUUGUUUGAUAUGUUGGGUUCUGUUUCUGUAAAUAAUUCUUAUUUGAAAUGUAUUGGGUGUAUCAUUGAAGUAUUACAAACCAAAUAUUAUAAGAAUUCACAGACCUGCAUCUAAUGUCACAAGUCUUCCUUGUAUUAAUAUUUGUUUUCUGUUGGUAAGCGUGAGUCACUUUUCUUUUGUGUGCAAUAUAAAAGCUGUAAUACCUUACAUGCGGCUUUAAUGCAACACUUUUAUCGUAUAUAAGAAGACUUAUAUAAUGAACUGUGCUUGUUUCAUCUGUCACCAUUGUAUAUGGUCAUUUCGUCAAUAAUUCACCUGAUUUACAUUAAAAAGUACAAUCAGAAUUUUCCAGGGCUGUCUUGAAGGAAUACUCUAUUUUCACAGACUGAUAUUUUAUUGACUCAUUUGGGACGCAUUAGUGUUGGUUUAAUAGUUAUUAAACAUCAGUGUAAGUUUAUUGUUGGAACAGACUGCUGAAGGUAGUGGAAUGAAUUUUCCCGCUGUUAAGACCAGUCUUAAGGCCAGAAAGAAAGAAAGAAAGAAAGAGAGAAAGAGAGAAAGAA